CCCGGUUUAAACAACUGCGCCUUUUUGCGGUUAAUAUAUUUUAUUGCAAAUCAUGGCUUACCAGGAGAAAAUAGCCGAAUUCAAGGCCUGGGCCACCAGUCUGGGAUGUCCGCCCACUGCCCUGCCCACCGACAAUGCACUGCGAGGGAUUCUUAAGUCCGGCUCUAGUUUGCUCCUCCAGCGGCUGCAAACCCGCACCCAACCGGUGGAAGUGGUGCGCGAGGUGCGCGAGAACCUGCUGAUUGCCCAGGUGGCCCGCACCAAGGACAAGAUGGUGCCGCUGGCUUCCCGCAGCUUCCAGCCACCGGAGCUCCAGCGGCACCACAAGAUGCAGGAGCUGAGGAAGCACAAGGAGAAGGCGGAUCUCCAGCUGGCGGAGGCCAGGAAGGAGUACCAAAAGCUGGCCGCCUACAACAAGAGCAAAAACAUUCAAACCAUCAGUGCGGAGAACCGAAAGCAACUGCUCGACGCGAAAUGCAAUAUCCUCGAUCUGAAGCUGGAAUCCCUGAGCAAAAGCUAUGAUCAGGAGCUGAAGAACAAGGCCCAGAUCCUGGCCACCACGCCCGUAAAGCUGAGUGCCAGGAAUGCCAGCGAGGUGCAGGCCAACCGGGCAGCGGAGCAGGCUCUCCGGCAGCUGGAGACCUUCUACGGGAUGUGCGAUGAGGGUGGCAGUGUGGUCCACUCCCUGGCCGAGGCCAAGCAGCGUUUGUGGGAUGAGAUGCGCAGCACCUUUGCCGACAUUCCCAACGCUCUGCUCCUAAACGUCAUCAUGAAGAUCAAGGAGGAGCAGUUGCAGCACAUAAUGCAACUGAAUGAAAGCAAAAGCAAGAGCACCACUGUCAAGCCGCCGCUGAACAACUACGAGGUGAAGCUGCUGAAGACCAAGGCCGAUAUGCUGGGCCUCGCAGCCAAGUACUUCGGUGCCCAAAAGGAACUGGAGCAGAAGGAGGAGCGCUUCUGCCAGGACUACAGCGUCUUUGUGGACAAGCUGCAGACGAAGGUGUACAGCUUCAAUGGCCUCAGUUUGGGCGAUGAGGAGAGCGCCGACGAGCUGAUCAGCGACUAUCUGGUGCAGUACAACAUGCGGAAUUUUAAUCGCGCCCAGAACGAAUUCCUGCGCGAGCAAAUCGAGCAACUGCGUCUGGAACUGGAGGCGGGCGCCAGGCAGCUGGAGAAUCAUGACCUUAAACUGGGCUCUGUAAAGCAGGUUUAUGGCGACAUCAACUCGAGCAUCAACCGGAUACAACAGGACAUGGUUCAGCUGUCGCAGAUCAAGGAGAAGAUCCUCUUUUCGCGCAACAUGAUGAAGAACCUGCUGGACGACAUGCAGGCGGCCACGCAGAAGCAGAACGCCAAGUCGCAGCUGAUGAGCACCAAGCUGAAGGUCAGCAAUAUGUCCAUGCUGGGCGCGGAGAGCUUCUGCCUGGCCAAUGACAGUGUGUUCUCGAGCACCAAGGUGGAGUUUGAUGGCAAUUGCAGCGGCAUAAACUCAACGAUGCGUCGCAGCUUCGAUAAUAAAACUUUGAUGCCGGGUGGAUCCACCACCAUGAUGUCUGCAUCCGGCUUCACUGUACCCUCGCACCUACUAGAACUGAAUACCUUUUUGGAAAUGCCGCUGGAAAAGCUGAGCUGCAUGCCACGCGCUUGCUCCUUCCUGUUGUCGGCCAAUCCGCUCAUCGUCGAGAGCCAGGAACUGGCCUCCACCGUUCAACUGGCUCCCGGCUAUUUGCUAACACCCUUCGGCGCUCUGCAGGAAGUCCGCAAACGCAUUUUGUGGGCGUCGUCAAUUGCCGCACACACGUCUGACGUGAAAUCGAAUUUGCAGCCGUUAAUUGUUGACCCCCACGAUUUGAGACUGAAGGCGAGUCGGCAGCACGAGGAAAUUGACCAAUUGCUGGACAACCUGAUGGCCAUUGGGGUGAAGACCCAACGGCAGCUGGAAAAGGCCGAGCGGAUCUACCAGUUCCUGCUCAAAAACCCCCUGAGUCGCUUUGUUCCCCCCGGCAAACGAUACAAUAAUGCCAGCUUUGAGGAUUACGAAAACGAGUUCAAUCUCUACUACCGCAUGGCCAUCAAUGCAGGUGCGAUAAGGCCACAUCCCAAUUGAUCCUGUUAU